ACGGUAAUAUUUUGAAGUGGAGUUUUUAACAGUGUGCGGGUUGAAAGGAGAAAGCUAGCGUUUCAAACAUCAUCGAGCAGGACUCUCAGCAUCUCCUCUAGACAACGGGCAAAGCACGCUACCUGUGAGCGCAAUAAUUUACCGUCGGAUAACACAGAGUUUGGCUCGGGAACGAGGAACGAAGCUUUAAGGAGCUGCAGCUCUUCUGCUGUGAGGACAAACCACCACUCCGCUCCAAAGCCACACCAGAGUCUUAAGAUGCCCUAGGCUGGAGAAGGAAAUGUAAAUGGCUUCCAAAGUAAAAGAUGCUGUUGUUUGGUACCAGAAAAAGAUUGGAGCCUAUGACCAGCAGAUAUGGGAGAAAUCAGUGGAGCAAAGAGAAAUAAAGUUUAUUUCUCUGGGCUUGAGGAACAAGCCAAAGAAGACGGGACACGUCAAACCAGAUCUGAUAGAUGUGGAUUUAGUUAGAGGUUCAGCGUUUGCCAAGGCCAAACCAGAGAGUCCGUGGACGUCACUGACCAGGAAGGGCCUCGUCAGAGUCGUUUUCUUCCCCUUCUUUUACCGAUGGUGGAUUCAGGUCACCUCUAAAGGCAUCUUUCUACUGCUGUUGGCUCUGUAUCUGCUGCAAGUGGCAGCAGCAGCCCUCUAUGCGACCAUCUCCCAGCCUCAUGGGAUCCCAGCCACCGAGGUGUUUGGAGCCAUCUGGCUCAUGCUGCUGCUGGGAACCGUCCACUGUCAGAUCGUUUCCACCAGGACCCCAAAACCCGCCUCCAGCAGCGGCGGCAAGAGACGCAGGAAGUUGAGGAAGGCUUCUCAGAUGGAGGUGCAUAGGGAAGGAGACGGGUCUAGCACUACCGAUAACACACAGGAGGGGGCGCCACAUUCUCACUCAGCCAGCACCACAUACAGCCUGGGUGCUUUCUUCCAAGAUUUCUGGCAUGAUAUCUGUAAAGCUGGGUCCAAGAAGUCCAAGCUGUCCAUCGAUAAAUCGACGGAGACUGAUAAUGGCUACGUGUCCCUGGAUGGACGGGUGACCAACCGCAGCAGUGAGGAGGGCCUCCAGCUGCACGAUCAGCGCUGUGACCUACUGACCCGGCCAGAUGAGGCGUGCUGGAACCCUCACAUCCAGCCCUCUCACUCUCCGACGACGCGUGGCCCAGGACUGCUCAUAGCAGGCAGCCAUAAGGAGCCUGCAUCUGAUGAAGCUUCCAGCGAGGAGGAUCCUGAAGCCUCCUACAGCGCCCUCCGCAGGGGAGCUGAAAGAAAGAACAGUGACUGUACUCUCCGCAACCGCAAAAACACACAUCUUUACAAGAAACACUAUGCUGUGGAGGAUGUUCCCAAAUCUGGAACCAGCUGCAGCUCCAGAUGUUCCAGUAUGAGAACCCAGGACUCUGAGAGCACGCGGCACGAGUCUGAAACAGAGGACCUGAUGUGGGAGGACUUCCUGCACUGUGCAGAAUGUAGAUCAUCCUGCACCUCAGAGACGGAGGGAGAAGCAGGCGGGACUUCUGUCUGUCCUCCAUCGAAGAAGGAAUACAGAGAUGAUCCGUUCCAUCAGAGCCAUAUUCCCUGGCUGCACAGCUCCAACCCCGGCCUGGAGAGGGUGAGCGCCAUCGUGUGGGAGGGGAACGAGUGUAAGAAGGCAGACAUGUCCGUCCUGGAGAUCAGUGGCAUGAUCAUGAACAGAGUGAACCUCUACACUCCUGGCAUUGGCUACCAGGUGUUUGGGAACCUGGUUUCAGUCACUCUGGGACUCACGCCCUUCGUCUACAGGCUGGUUCAGCACUGUGACUUGGAUCAGUUCACCACGCUCUCAGCAAACGAGAUGCUCUCUGUUGCUUUGGGGGGAGGAUCCGAAUCUGAUGCCCUGGUUAUCACCAUGGUAACACUCAGCUUCCUAGUGCGUGUUUGCCUUAUUUGGCUCUUCUUCUUCCUGCUCAGUGUGGCAGAGAGGACCUACAAACAGAGGCUGCUGUUUGCCAAGCUGUUUGGUCACCUGACAUCAGCCCGCAGAGCCAGGAAGUCUGAGGUUCCUCAUUUCCGACUGAAGAAAGUUCAGAACAUAAAGAUGUGGCUGUCGCUGCGCUCAUACCUCAAGAGACGGGGCCCUCAGCGUUCAGUCGACGUCAUUGUGUCAUCAGCCUUCCUCCUCACUCUGUCCGUAGUCUUCAUCUGCUGUGCUCAGCUUCUCCACGUCCAUGAAACGUUCCUGGAGUAUCACUACAACUGGGAGCUGGUGAUCUGGUGUGCCAGUUUGUCUCUGUUCCUGCUCCGGUUUGUAACUCUGGGCUCUGAGACCAGCAAGAAGUACAGCAACACCUCCAUACUGCUCACUGAACAGAUCAACCUCUAUCUAAAGAUGGAGAAGAAGCCAAACAAGAAGGAGGAGCUGACGCUUGUCAAUAAUGUCCUAAAACUGGCUACCAAACUACUCAAGGAGCUGGAUAAUCCAUUCAGGUUGUAUGGUUUGACCAUGAAUCCUCUGCUCUACAACAUCACCCAGGUUGUCAUCCUGUCUGCUGUCUCAGGAGUCAUUUCUGACCUACUAGGAUUUAAUCUCAAGCUUUGGAAGAUCAAAUCAUGACACUCCAGAGCUCUGACCUUCAACGUUUCCACUUUGUGCAAUUCACAUUAUUUAUUUACCCACUCAGUGUUUGUUUUAAUU